GAGAGAAAGAGAGAGCUGAUGGAUGAUUGGUUGGGUUGGGGGGGGGGGGGGGGGAUUAGUGUUUGGAGUUAAGCAACAACUGACCACCAUUUUUUGAAUAAUAAUGCAAUUAGGAAAUGUUGAUUAAUAAUUAACGGGGGUUCUCACUGCUAACUAGCUAUACCUAAAUUGGACGCUUGGUCUCUCCGCCGUGCCUUCCUCCGUUUACGGCAGCUGGCGGCCGGCCGGUUGUAUAACGGCAACCGUACUUAUUCCCUCGUUGACCCAGUGUUUCCCGGGGAGUCAACAGAAAACGACAGAUGUGAAAUUCCAUUAAUCUCGAUACUAAUGAGGAAACAGAGUGGAAUAAAUUAAUGGACAAAUGAUUGAUUGAUAGUUGCUUGCAUGGUUAUCAGCCCGCGGGCUGACUGGCUGGUCAACCCAUUUUGGCCGAUCCGAAGUUCUAGACAGGCGAAUAAAUCCGCUCAACAAUUGGAUCCAAAGUCAACCCGUUUCUGUUCGCAUAGGGCUGCAAAUGAGCCGAGCUGAGCCGAGUUUUAUCCCAGUUUGAACUUGACUCGUUAACAAAUGAGUUGAGCUUGAGCCCGAGCCAUUUAUUAACGAGCCGAGUCGAGUCGAGUUCGAGCUAGGUUUGUUUACUAAAUUCUUAGAUCGUAUUUAAUACAUUCAUUUUUUAUGUCGUGUAUGGUACAUGUGGUUGAUGUAGCGAUAAAAAAAAUCAAAUGUUCAACAUUAAUCAAUCUUAUAUUAGUAUUUAUAGGUGUCAUAUAUUGUUUAGUUAAUAAAUUUUAACUAGUUCAAAUCAUGUUAUUUCAUAGUAUCGAAACAAUUUUAUACAUAAUUUCUUUAUAGAAUUAAAAAUAAGGCAUAUUUUCUUACUUGUUCAACAUGUUAAACUUCACAUGAUGUGAGAUAUAUAAUUUAACAAUCCUAUGAAUUAUGAAAGUCCAAAUUAGAUCGAUUAGUCCAUAAGUCAGUGAUCAAGUUGGCCCUCAAACCACAAUGUUGAAACAUAUCACGAGCUCUAAAUGAGCCAACUUACGAGUUUAGCUCAACAAGAGCUAGCUUGCGAACUUCACGAGUUGAACAAAGCUAGGAUCAAGCUUGGCUGGUCAGUAAAUAAAUCGAGUUUCAAACGAAUUUUUCCCGAUUCGAACCUCGAGUUGCUCGCGACUAGUUUGGCUCAUUUGCCGCCGUAUGUUGGCAUGGUAGCCAUUCCCGCCUGACCUGGGGUCGCAUUUGAAGGUCCAUUAGUCCCUCAGGGUCCAUUGUGGUGUCAUCGACCAAGGAACACACGCAUGCGAUGAGACUCUAGUGUAAUUUCAACCACAGCUCGCAACGGCAUCCUCAGCCGACGACUUCAUUUUCGGCCAACCGCAAGGCUCAAGUGAGACCCUUGGCACGCCGGAGUCGCUACCGGACUCCGCCAUUAACCCUCUGAAACUCCAUGGCAUUAGCAGCAACUCCUCCACACACUUCACUCUUCUUUCUACUCCAUCUCUGCCUCUUGCUCCCCCCUGCAGCUGCAAUUACUUUCCACAAACCAAACUUCGACCCAAACGACGACUCCAUACUCUGCAGCGGAGGAGCCAGAGCAAGCUCCGGCACCGUUAAAUUGACCAGUGCCCACUACGGGAUCGAAGUCAGCCACGUCACCUACGCCGAAGACGUCCCGCUCUGGAGCUCCGCCACCGGGGAACUCUCCGAUUUCAACACCCGCUUCUCAUUCUCCAUCGACGCCGAGAGCGCCUACCCAUCGGGAAUCGCCUUCUUCCUCGCACCCCUAGGGUUCCAACCGCCUGAAAAUUCCGCCGGCGGGUACAUGGGUCUCUACAACUACACCGACAGGGUUCAUCCCCCGGCUGGGAAACAGCUGGUUCAUGUAGAAUUUGAUUGCUUCCUGAAUGGUUGGGAUCCCCCGUUCCAGCACGUCGGAAUCAACAACAAUUCGCUUGCUUCCAUGGUGGUCGCCCCUUGGAAUUCCAGUUCGCCGCCUGGCGGUACGGUCAUGAUUGAUAUCAACUAUACGGCCAGUACCCACAAUCUCACUGUGGCGUGGGAGUGUGAGAAUGGUCGGAAUUCGAGUCUUUGGUAUGUAAUUGAUCUCAGGGAGGUUCUUCCCGAGUGGGUGAUGAUAGGGUUUUCGGCGACCAACAAUGAUUAUUCCGGAGAACAGGAGCUUCUAUCCUGGGAUUUCUAUUCCGAUCUGCAGAUGAGGAACACCGAUCGGGAAAGAAAUUCCGUGAACAGGAAAUUGAUAGGCAUUGUUCUAGUACUGGCAGGCAUUGCCAUAGCUGCCAAAUUGGCUGCAUUUGUCUUUCUGCAGAUGCGUAGAAAGAGGGGAAGAGCUCACAAGGGGAUGAAUUCAUUGUCCAUGACUGAUGAAUUCUCGAGAUGUUCAGGUCCCAGGAAGUUCACUCACACUGAUCUUGUAUCAGCUACCAACAAUUUUUCGCCGGAUAGGAAACUGGGGGAAGGUGGGUUUGGAGCUGUUUAUAGAGGGUGUCUUAGAGAUGAUUCAGAUACGGCAGUUGCUGUCAAGAGGAUAUCCAGGGAUUCUAAACAAGGGAUCAAGGAGUACACGACUGAAGUCAUGAUCAUUAGCCGUCUGAGGCAUCGGAAUAUUGUUCCACUGAUCGGUUGGUGCCACGAAAAGGGCGAGCUCUUGCUUGUUUAUCAGUUCAUGCCAAAGGGUAGCCUUGAUUCUCACCUUUUUGGUGAGAACAGUCCUCUCCUGUGGUCUCAAAGAUACAGCAUAGCUAUGGGGCUGGCUUCCUCCUUGCUCUACCUUCAUGAAGAAUGGGAACAAUGUGUGGUCCAUCGCGACAUCAAAGCAGGUAAUGUUAUGCUGGAUUCCGGAUUCAACGUCAAGCUUGGGGAUUUCGGGCUGGCUCGAUUGAUCGAUCACGAGCUACACCCUCGAACCACCAAGUUGGCUGGAACGAUUGGCUACAUGUCGCCUGAGUACAUCAGCACCGGAAGGGCGAGCAAGGAAUCGGAUGUGUAUAGCUUCGGGGUGGUUUGUUUGGAGAUUGCUACUGGAAGGAGGGUUGUUGAUUACAUUGAGGAUGGAUUGGAAAUGAGCUUGGUGGAAUGGGUUUGGGAACUGUAUGGGAAUGGGAAUCACAGUGUCGCCAUUGACAAGAGGCUGGUGGAUUUCGACGAGAGGGAAGUCGAAUGCUUGAUCGUUGUGGGGUUGUGGUGUGCUCAUCCUGAUUCCUGCCAGAGGGCGUCGAUCCGGCAGGCGAUUCAGGUUCUGAAAUUUGAGCUGCCAUUUCCAUGUCUUCCUGAGAAGAGACCGUUCCCUGUGUUUCAUGUGCAUAGGCCAGCAGAGAGUGAAGGUUCUGACGAACCUUUGUUAUCACAUUCGAGUACUGAAUGUGAUAGCAGUUAAAUAUUGAAGGUAUGUAUGUUCAAUUGUUCAUCCAUUCUGGUUUAUCAUAUAUUGCUUAGGUUCCACAUUUUUUUGUUUGUUUUCUAAAUCGAUAACAGCCAGCACAGAAAUUGAAGCCUUGUCAAACUUUCUUGGUUCAAAUUCAUUUAAUAGCAUGAAACAAUGAAUAUAAACAUAAGCUUUGAACUCGAUGAGUCUCCAGUACUUUCUGACAAUCGGUAGGUUGAAUUUGGUUCAAUCAGUUCUGGUCAUGAAAUUGGUGUGAAUAUCGUCGAUAUGACCGAUAUGAUAGAUUUUUGGGCUUAUAAAAGUGAAUUUGGUUAGUAAAAGAUUAAUUUGUGAUUGAUUUCUUGAUUUUAAAAGUUAAAUAUUGAUGUUAUUUGUUGGAUUCAUGUACAAAAAUUUGAGUGUAAACGCGUUAGAUGUUGUAUUUAAAUAUGAGCAUUUGUUACUUUAUUUGGAAUCUUGUAUUUUAUUUGAAGAUGAAUAUUAAUCGUAAGUAAAUUAUAUUCAAAUAUGUUUUAUAUGUGUUUAAAUUCAUUUCAUGUUAAUGAUUUUUUCAUAUCUUUACAUAUUUUAUUAAACCGGCAUGCGCCUACGUAAACCGAUUGUACCACAGGUCGAACUAUACCACUUGCUUAACCGUGUAAUCGUAUAAACCGGUUUGACAACUUUGCAAAUAUUUCAUGUAACGAAAAAAAAUAAAGAAGAAAAAAAAUCUGACAUAAUUUCAACUUUAUUCUUUGGAAUACCAAUUGAUUUGAUACAAGGAUCAAUCAUUUUGGUAGUUUCAUCACAUCACACCACUAGAGGUGGCAAUUAGAAUCCAAAUGCAUCCACCAAAUUAUCCAACUAAUCCAAUCCAUUUAAAUCCAAUCCAUUUGAUCAAAAUCCAAUUGGAUUGGUGGAUUCAUGGAUCAAUCCAUGGAUCCAAAUGGCAAAUUACGAUUUGGUACCUAUAUUUUUUAUAUUUUGGUACCUAAAAUUUAUAUUUUUAUACGGAAAUAUCAUUAGAAAAUUACAUUUUGGUACCUAAAAUUUUUCAUUAUGACAUUUUAGUACCAAAACUUUUCAAAAUUUCCAUUUUGGUCCAAGCCUUUGAUGUCAUUUGGAUUCAUGGAUCAAUCCACCAAUCCAUUUGAUCCAUGGAUCCACCAAUCCAAUCCACGAAUCCACAAAUCCGAUCCAAUUGCCACCUCUACACACCACUCAAAUGAGUUUAUCGUGAUGAAGUAGUAGAAUUGGAAACCUUUGACAACAGAAAAAAGUAGUAGAAUUGGAAACCUUGGCCACUCCUUGCGGUUGAGUCAAGGAAGGAUUUAGAAUCGUAGGAAAAAUUGGAAAAAAGGUAACGUAGGAAAAAAAUUGAAGCUUGACGAAUUGGGAUUCCCAGAUUCCAAAAUUUCCACAUUCAACAAACGUCACAAUUACGACCAGACUCAUUUGAAGAAAGACGAGAUUAGAGCAAGGCCGCCGGCCGGCCGGUCGGCCGGUCAUUCAGUCGAGAAUGUUCCCCUCCACGACGCGUCGCGGGGAUGCAACGCAGAAUUGUCAUUCCUUUCUUUUUCUUCUGGGAUAAGCUACACAUUUCCAGAAGCUCCAAACGCGGCCGCCCCCCUCCACUACUCUAUAUAAAUCCAAGCAAACCAGAGAAAAAGAGACCAUUCAAACCAUCGUCUGAUCUUCAAAUAAGCUGAUCCAUCGCCGGGAAGCCAGAGAAACAAAUCAAGCCACUGAGCCAGCAAAAUUUUUUUUGUUGUUGCAGCGAGGGGUUGUGCUGAAGCUUAUCAGGUCCUAAAUCAUCUUUCCUUGGUGUGACGGUAAUCUGCUCGAGAUGUGUUUGGUGUUCGUGUGCGACGAGGACGAGAGGGUGAUAUCGAGGCAGCCGGCGCCUGGGGCGUGCCCUUACUGCGGAGGGAUGGUGCAGGCCGCAGACGUCCAGAGCCAGUGGCGUUUCUGUUUCCUGCCGCUCUACUUCAAGACCAAGCGCAAGUACUUCUGCUCUCUGUGCACCAGGCGCCUGGUCGUUCAAUGACACCUUAAAACACUUGUUCAUUCUCUAUGUAUAUAAGACGUACACGAAUACCAUCACCGUAAUUAGGCCUCAGCUGUCACUAAUUAUUUCGUUUGCCAUGUUCCAUUCGAUUCUACGCUAACCGAACCCGGAUCAAUGAAUCGUCGAUGAUCCGAUCAUGCAAAGCAUCAUGAACCAUAGGGACCGAAAAACAAACCGCGUCAGGAAGUACUGGGUCUAUUAGGUGAAGCUCCUACGCAGUGUCGAACUGUGUACCCAACCUAGCUAGUCCCUCUUUCAAAUAACCGAGAGAAAAGGAGAAGCAAAUCCUCGAGGUUUAAGCAGGGAAGACACUGAACAAUGUGCGCGUAAUCAACAUUCUUCUGUCGGCAUCCUAUGGAUUCACAAAGUCGAGAGAUCAAGCAGCAGAUUCUUUCUUCGAGACAGCAAUCACGUUGAAGUUGAGCGACUCGGGAUUCUUCUGAAUCAUUCCCUUUAUGACUUUAGCGGAAUCCUG